AUGGUUGAUUUUGAAAUAAGAAAUGAGAUUGAGAGGGCAGGGGUUAGCAGUAGAGAUUUAGAGGAGGGCAAACAGCAGAAUAAACAAGCCAUGCAUGAUAAAAUGGUGGCUGUAGCAAAAGCAAAGGAUAAUGUCCGCAAUGAAAUGCAAGCAGAGUUUGACAAAGCCAAGGACAAAAUGACGCAGGAUUACCAACGUGAAAUUGACAAACUCACAGAGAUUGUCAGACAACAGGAAGAAGAGUUACGGAAAUUGAAGACAGAGCGUAUCCAAUGGAUACACCAGGACAGACAGAACUCUACGGUGUUAGACAAGUUGGAACGCACUGUUGUUAAUGAAGUCAAUGAAGAAUGUCGCAGAACUUCCAAUGUCCUCGGUGUAGGUCCACGCAAGGUCAACAUAGCAAGUUUCCAAGGUGAUAGUCAAAUAAGAACACCAACAACGUCAGCCUUGGAGGAAAUGGUGCAGAAGAUUAAAGAACAACUGGAAAAGGAGAAAAAUAUGGAACUGGAAAGACUGAAGGCAAAAUUAGCAAAGGGAUCUCAGAAUGAACUUCGUGAAACGUUCAUUCAGAACAUGCCCAACAACGAUUUGGCAGCAAGCAUGCAAUACAGCAAGCCCCCAAAGGUUCCUCAAUAUGAGUUUAAACCCAGGAGUGAUCUCCAACAGCAAGAAGUGGAUCGACUGGAGCGGGAAAUUAAACGAUUAGCAAUGACAAUGGGAAGGUCCCCUUCACCUACACCUCACCAAGAGCGUAUGAUCAACUUCCUGGCCCAUCGCACUAAGGCAGCAGAGUUAGAGUCGGAUAUGGCUGCAGAACAGCAGGAGAGGAGUCGCAAUAUGAUGUCGCAGAAGAUGGGAGACAUGACAAAACUACAGAACACACUAACAAACCAAGCAAAGGACCUGAUACAGCUCAGUAGAGCCUACUCCAACCUGAACACUAAUUAUCCAGUAGCAAGGUAGCAGUGGUCAUUAACACUAGGACCUUUCAACUUUGUUGGAUCUUCCCACUUCCAUGGAUCUUUUCUGUGAGAGACUUUAUGUGAUGUUGUGAAUUGAUAGAUUGA